GUCAAACACCUACCUCUUCAACACUGACUUCUGCUUGCUCGUGACAAACCAAAUUAUGGAAAAAGAAGCCGCAAAGGGCUCCAACUUUGUGGCCUCUCCUUUAUCCGUACAUGUUGUAUUAAGCUUGGCUGCUGCAGGAUCGACAAGCCAUACUUUGAAACAGUUUCUACACUUUCUUAAAUCCAACAGUGUUAGCGAUCUAAAUAUAAUGUCUUCAAUGCUCAUAAAUGUUGCUUCCCCAAUUGAGGGAAGUGAUAAGAACCUCGCAGGUGGUCCUCUCUUGUCUUUUGUCAAUGGUGCUUGGCUUGAUCAAAGGUUCCCUUUGAAGUCAACUUUCCAACAGAUUCUCAAAGCUACUUACAAAGCUGAGCCCAAAAAUGUGGACUUUUUAAACAAGGCUGAAGAAGUAGUACAAGAAGUGAAUUUGUGGGCUGAAACAGAAACCAAAGGGCUAAUCAAACAACUCCUCCCAACUGGAUCUCUGGAUAAGUACACUGUGCUUGUGCUUGCAAAUGCGCUCUAUUUUAAAGGAGCAUGGGAUCAAAAAUUCGACCCCUCAAUGACUCAACUCCGAGACUUUCACCUUCUAAAUGGGCAAACUGUUCGAGUUCCUUUCAUGACCAAUCAAAGUUUUAUGGGCCAGCUUUAUGGAUCUUUUAAUGGUUUUAAACUACUUAAAAUUCCCUACCAAAGUGGUCAAGAUCCAAGGAAAUUUUCCAUGUACUUUUUCCUUCCAAAUGAGAAAGAUGGUCUUCUAAGUCUAAUCCAAAAAAUCAAACUGAAUCCUGGCUUGCUGAAUCAACGAUAUCAUCUCUGGUAUGAGGAUCUCGCUCAUUUUUGGAUUCCAAAGUUUAAAUUCUCUUCUGAGUUUGAAGCUUCAGAAACCAUGAAGGAAAUGGGGCUGAAACUACCAUUCAAGUCUGGGGAGCUGACAGAAAUGGUUGACAGCCCUUACAGUGAUGAUCUGUUUGUUUCGCGUGUAUUUCACAAAUCUUUUAUUGAAGUGAAUGAGGAAGGGGCCGAAGCUUCAGCAAGCACGGCUGUUAAGAGUCAAAUGCUCUGUGCUAGAAUUGUUACUCCAAGCUUUGUGGCAGACCAUCCUUUCCUGUUUGUGAUUAAAGAAGAGACUCAUGGUAUAAUUUUCUUUAUUGGAGCUGUGCUCAAUCCCCUCCUUGAUGCUUAAGAUGGAGAAUAUAUAUCCUGUGUUUUUCUCGAUUUUAUGUCAAAUGUGUAUCAAUAAGUCUUCAGAUUAGGACAAAUCAACUCUU